AUGUCUUUGGGGUUCAAUGCCAAUGUCUCGGCACAGCAGCUGGUCGACAUUUUGCCAGUUGGAAUUGCCAUACUCGAUCACCACUACAAGGCAAUCUCCGCGAGCAGCCGUUUCCAGGAGCUGAUUCCAUGCCCUGAAUCUGAUUCCGCAAAUGCUGGCUACAAUCAGUUAAUCCAGAUGAUCAUGAACGUGCGAUUGCCGCGUUGCGAGAUGCUUCGGAAGAUGGGGAAAUGCUACGCAUUGAAUAUCGCACCUCCGACCCGGCAUCCGUUUGGUGCGCCAUGA